AUGGACUGUAACUGCGUCUCGGACCUCCUCCUCACUUCUCCGGUUCCUGCUCUCUGGACUCCAGGCUUUGCUUUCCCAGACUGGGCCUACAAGCCUGAGUCAAGCCCUGGCUCACGUCAGAUCCAGCUGUGGCAUUUCAUCCUGGAGUUGCUGCAGAAGGAAGAAUAUCAGAAUGUCAUUGCCUGGCAGGGGGACUACGGGGAGUUUGUCAUCAAGGAUCCAGAUGAGGUGGCCCGGCUGUGGGGCAUUCGUAAAUGCAAGCCCCAUAUGAACUAUGACAAACUGAGCAGGGCCCUGAGGUAUUACUACAACAAGCGGAUCCUGCACAAGACGAAGGGCAAACGCUUCACCUACAAGUUUAACUUCAGCAAAGUGGUUUUGGUUAACUACCCUCUCUUGGACAUGGCUGCCAACUCCCCAUUCCUGCUAGCCCAGAACCCUUUCAAUGGCAGCAACCAUGGGACCGACUGUGCCCCGCUGACCCCUGAGACCCUGCAGAGCCUCUUUUCUAGCCCCCGCUUGGGGGACCCUGCCGCCCGCACCCCACUCUUUGAACGUCAAACAGAGACUGAGAAGUUGAGGCUGGAUGCUGCCUUCCCUUUCCUGGGGUCAGGUAUUGCCGGAUAUACAAAGCCCCCCAGUUUGCUGACUCCGUAUGGCAGGAACGCUUCCUUCCCAGAUUACCCCUGGAAUUUUAACCCUUACCUGUCCAGCACUUUCCCCCUGAGCAGCUCCAAGCUACCCGCCUCCCUGUACUCCCCCCACUUCUACCCCAACCCCCUGUCUGGGUCAUUAGCUCAGCUUCCAGGGCCCAUCUCACUGCUCCCAGGGGAUAGCACAGAGCGGGCUGCAGCCCUGGGGGCUGGCUCUGUCCCCCGUCUCUGCCUCCCUCCCCAUGGCACAACCCUGCCCUUGCGUGGGGCUGGGAAUGGGACAAGUGAUCGUGAGAAGGAGCUCCUGGGUACCAGGGCCCAGAGUCCAUCAGGGGGGCGAGGGACCAAAGAAGAUCCCGGCUCGGAUUCAGAGUUGGAGAUCACAGAUCUGAGUGAAUGUAGUUCGGAGAACGAAGGCUGUGAUUUCAGCCCUGACAGCUUGGAGGCGCUAGAGAGUCAGGUGCAAAAUUACAAGCGGCUGGAGAGAGAUUGGACGGCAGGAGCAACAGCGAGCCAGCCAGAAGGGACGGCAGGGGUCAGCCUGGGCCCUGCCAAGGAGGGGAAGAACCUGCCAGGCAGCUGA